GAGUCUCCGAGGGCUCGCUUUCUAGUGUGCGGGAGAAGCCAACAGGACUGAAAACUGAUGCACCCGAAUAGGGAACACAUUUCCUGCUCCAGUCCUGAGUGCUCCAUUUGCCUACGUUAGCAAUGAAAUCUGCAGAAACAGCAAAAUGAAAGCGGGAAGCAGAGGAUCACGUCCACCCAGGCUGGUUGGAAGGUGUCUGCCACCACCCUCAGGAGGCCCCAGAAAGUCACCCUUACUGGAUCACCGAGAGAAAGUUCUGGACCUGAUCACGCAGAUACAGAUGACCGGAAGUGGAACCCGCCAGCUUGUUGCUUAGCAACACAUGAGGCAGGGACGCUAGAGCUCCCAGCUCAGAGAGCCGAGAUUGAGUGAGCUGUCCAGCGGUGGACACCUCUGUCCCCGGGCUCAGGGUCCCGCAGCAGCGAUCCAGGCCGGCCGUGCGCGGCUCGCAAGUCCUCGCAGCCAUGAGUAGCGAGCAGGAUAAACUACCCAGCAAGGAAAAGUCCAAGGCACCGGUGAGUUUCCUGCCACAGCUGUCUAUGGACAAACCACACAGCAAAGAAAAGGCCAAACUGCCAACGAGAGUGCUCCCCCAGUUAGCUGUGACCGGAGUUAAACCCCAGUGGCAGCAGACUGCCCCGUCAUUCCACUUAAAUAUCAACCAGGAAAACCAGUUUCCAGAGCCCUAUACUGUUAAAAAUGAACAGUCAUACGCUGAAUACAUGGAGCAAUAUGGGAAAAAAGGCAAAUUGCUGGACCAGGUUGAUGACAGCCGACCCGGACCAUCGACUUCCAGAUCGAAGGCCAAAUCUCCACACAAGGAGCGAGAGAACUUUCGAAGCACGCUCGUCAACGUCAUUAUGCAACAACAAGAUGGCCGCUUAGACUCCAUUAUCCCUGAAGAGAGCCUGAUUUCAAAAUCCACCACUUCUUCAAUAGAGAAAGACAUCUUGAGAUAUUACUACUACAUUCAUCACGGAAUUGAUACGGAUCACGUGGCCCCGAUGGAAGACUCUUGGCUGGAGCACGUGCUGGAUUUGGUCCCCCAGCAUCUGAGAGUCCUCACCAACAGCAUCACGGUCCUGUCCGAUGAGAUGAGAGAGGAUUAUCUUCUCAGCGUGAAAAAGUCCAUAGUUGAUUUUGUUCUAAAAGACCCCAGAGAAAAAGACGAUGAUACCAAAACAACGGAGGUCCCGCCGCACCGUGCCGAAAUGGAAGUUUUGCCAAAGCCAUGGAGGAGGUCUUUCCUGUCGGCUUGCGGUUACAUCAGGGACCACUUGAAUGCCAUGAACCCUACGAUGCUGGCCGUGCUCGAUCUGUGGCACAGCACUUUUAAGAAAUUACGUUUAGUUGACACAGAAGAAUUUCACAACCGCCAGGACGCCUUAGAGCUGUCCGCCUUCCAGAACAUCGUCAUUAGACACAUGGAGUCUGCCAAGGAGACGCUGCUGAAAACGUGGUUUCCGGAAGUGCAGAAUAUCUAUUACCAAGGCAAUAAAAAAAAGCAAUUGCCAACUGGCGACAGCAGCGCCAAACUGGACUCCUUUUUCAACUGCGCCGCGACGCUUAUGACCCUGCAGCUGCAGGACCUCACUCUUGUCUCCAUGCAAGACUUCACGAACCUCAUCGCCCAACCCCAGGAAUCUGUUCGAGCUUUUGAACAUCCAGGUUUCGUCAUGAGGCUGAUUCUGGAUAAUAACGCCAUUAAGUUUGAGCCUGAGUUUAAUGACUACAUCGAUAUUCUUGUCAAUGUUUAUGAAGUCAUGAUCAAGGCCGUCAGCUUUGUGCCAAGGGUGGAGACAAAACUGUAUUCCAAGUGGGAAAGCAAAUCCAAGCCGACAACCCUGAAGCCCAUAAUUCUGAGCGAGAUUGUCGAAGCUCACAAAGAGAAGAUUAAGGAGGUGGUGCUGAGAGAGAGCGUGGCGCCCACCGAGCACCUCAAAUUGUACGACAAGUACCAGUUCUUGGUCACCAAGAAAGCUGAGCAGGACGUGGACCAGUUCCUGGCCCAGAAUCAGAGUUACGAGAAACUGAUCGAGGAGAUCCGCAAGUACCAAAAGCUGGUCGAAGAGAUUCAGUACACGUCUCGAAAGACGGUUCGUUUGGGGAUGUUUGAGAUGCAUUGUGAGGAGCUGAUCAGAGCUCUGGUGAAGCGCGCGGACAUUAUCUGUGGGAGACUGAUAGCGAAGAUGUUCCGAGACCACCAGGAGGUGAACACGAGAUUGUGCGAUGAGUUUGAGAAGAUCGCCGAGAAAGCGCUGAGCACGCCUCCCAACACAGCAGAGCUGAUGGAGAUGAAGGCUCACAUUCAGAAGGUGGAGUCCACCGACAUGGUGGAGCUGGCCCAGAGACUGGUGGAUUCUAAAAACUGCCUGGCCUUCCUCAUUGAGUGCAUCAACUUCUCCCCUGCGGACAUCCGGCUGAACAACAGCGUUUUCCAGUGGUACGCUAGGAUGGGAGAGAUUUUCGACGAGCACAGGAAGAUCAUCAAAGACAAGACGGAACAGUACCAAGAAGGCCUUAAGCUGCGGUGUGAGCGGUUUGUGGAGGAGCUGGAGAGCUACGCUAAACAAGCGGAAGAAUUCCAGACGUUCGGGGACCUGCAGGACGUGCAGCGGUACCUGAAAAAGGCGCAGGUGCUGAACGGCAAGCUGGAUGCAGCAGCAGACAAGAUUGAGCAGUUUAAUGCCGAGGAGGAGGCGUUUGGCUGGAUCCCAUCUGUUUAUCCUCAACGGAAAAAGAUCCAAGACGGCCUGAACCCUUAUCUCCGUCUCUACGAAACUGCCGUGGAGUUUAGUACCAAGCACAGGGGGUGGACCGAAGGACCCUAUCACAAGGUGAACCCAGACCAGGUCGAGGCCGAUGUUGGGAAUUACUGGAGAGGGCUCUAUAAGCUGGAGAAGGCCUUCCACGAUUCUCCAAACGCACUGGCCAUGACCAAGAAAGUAAGGACAAGAGUGGAAGAAUUCAAACAGUACAUUCCUCUCAUCCAGGUGAUCUGUAACCCUGGCCUGCGCCCCAGGCACUGGGAGGCCAUGUCCGCCAUUGUUGGCUACCCCCUGCAGCCGGCCGAUGACUCUACUGUCUUCUCCUUCAUAGACAUGAAUCUGGAACCAUUCUUAGACAGGUUUGAAGGCAUUAGCGAAGCAGCCAGCAAAGAAUACUCUCUUGAAAAGGCCAUGGAUAAGAUGAUCACUGAAUGGGACACAAUGGAAUUUGUCAUUCAUCCCUACAGAGAGAGUGGGACGUUUAUUUUGUCGUCGGUUGAUGAAAUUCAGAUGCUGCUGGAUGACCACAUUGUCAAAACACAGACUAUGCGGGGAUCGCCAUUCAUCAAGCCGUACGAGAAGCAAAUGAGAGAGUGGGAGGGCAAGCUCCUGCUGCUUCAGGAGAUCCUGGACGAGUGGCUGAAGGUGCAGGCCACCUGGCUGUACCUGGAGCCCAUCUUCAGCUCUCCUGACAUCAUGUCGCAGAUGCCAGAGGAAGGCCGGCGCUUCACCGCCGUGGACAAGACCUGGAGAGACGUGAUGAAGACCGUGGUGCAAAAUAAACAUGUCCUGACGGUUGUGACUAUCGAGCGGAUGCUGGAGAGGCUGAAAAAGUCCAACGAACUCUUGGAGCUCAUUCUUAAAGGGCUGAAUGAGUACUUGGAAAAGAAGCGCCUCUUCUUCCCCAGGUUCUUCUUCUUGUCUAAUGAUGAGCUCCUUGAGAUAUUGUCCGAGACUAAAGAUCCUACCAGAGUACAGCCUCACCUGAAGAAAUGCUUUGAAGGUAUUGCCAGGGUCGAAUUCACAGAAACUUUGGAUAUAACACACAUGAAGAGCAGCGAGGGAGAAGUUGUGGAACUCGUGGAUACCAUUUCAACAGCCAAAGCCAGGGGCCAGGUGGAGAAGUGGCUGGUCGAGUUAGAGAGGGUCAUGAUUAAGUCCAUCCACAAGGUGAUUGGAGAUGCAAUUGCUGCCUAUACAAAGAAUGAACGCAUUAACUGGGUCAGAGACUGGCCGGGACAAACUGUUCUCUGCGUAUCUCAGACCUUCUGGACGGUAGAAGUCCAAACUGCUAUCCCGAUGGGGCAACAGGCCCUUGAGGACUACUUGGAUAAAUGUAACACUCAAAUCGAUGACAUCGUCACGUUGGUCCGUGGCAAACUGUCCAAGCAGAACCGGGUCACUCUGGGAGCCCUUGUGGUAUUGGAUGUCCACGCUAGAGACGUCCUCGCAAGCCUCGUGCGGAAGAAAAUCAGCGACGACACCGACUUUGAAUGGUUAAGUCAGCUGAGGUAUUACUGGCAAGAAAAUCAUUUAGAAACAAAGAUGAUCAACGCGGGUUUGCGAUAUGGCUAUGAAUACCUGGGCAAUUCCCCUCGACUGGUCAUAACCCCACUCACAGACCGCUGCUACAGGACUUUAUUUGGAGCCCUUCACUUGCACCUUGGAGGAGCACCCGAAGGUCCAGCUGGCACUGGGAAGACAGAAACAACCAAGGAUUUAGCAAAAGCUGUAGCCAAGCAAUGCGUCGUUUUCAACUGCUCCGAUGGGCUGGAUUAUCUGGCUUUAGGAAAGUUCUUUAAGGGACUGUUAUCGUGUGGAGCCUGGGCUUGCUUUGAUGAGUUUAACAGAAUUGAUUUGGAAGUACUUUCUGUGGUCGCUCAGCAAAUCCUUACCAUCCAAAGAGGUAUUAAUGCAGGCUCAGAACUGCUAGUCUUUGAAGGGACAGAGCUGAAACUCGACCCCACGUGCGCUGUCUUUAUAACAAUGAACCCCGGGUACGCCGGGCGCUCAGAGCUGCCGGACAAUCUGAAGGCUCUCUUUCGGACAGUGGCAAUGAUGGUCCCUGACUAUGCCAUGAUUGCUGAGAUCGUCCUGUACUCCUGUGGCUUUGUCACCGCUCGGCCAUUGUCUAUCAAAAUUGUGGCUACAUACCGCUUGUGCUCAGAGCAAUUGUCGUCUCAACACCACUACGAUUAUGGGAUGCGAGCCGUGAAGUCCGUGCUCACCGCUGCUGGCAACCUGAAGCUGAAGUACCCAAAUGAAAACGAAGAGAUUCUGCUACUUAGAUCUAUUAUUGAUGUCAAUCUGCCGAAGUUUUUAUCCCACGACUUGCCGCUCUUUGAGGGAAUUACUUCGGAUUUGUUUCCUGGGGUGAAGUUACCAAAGCCAGACUACAAUGAUCUGCUGGCGGCCAUCAAAGACAACUGCGCCGAAAUGAAUCUGCAAAUGACCAAAUUCUUCUCCGAGAAGAUCCUCCAGAUCUACGAGAUGAUGAUCGUGCGCCACGGCUUCAUGAUUGUUGGAGAACCGUUCGGAGGGAAGACCAGCGCCUACCGUGUUCUAGCUGGAGCCUUAGGUGACAUCUGUGAAAAGGGACUUAUGGAAGAAAACAAGGUCCAGAUAACUGUUUUGAACCCUAAGUCUGUGACCAUGGGCCAGCUGUACGGACAGUUUGACCUGGUGUCCCACGAGUGGUCCGACGGGGUCCUCGCCGUGAGCUUCCGAGCGUUCGCAGCAUCCCCAACUCCAGACAGGAAGUGGUUAAUUUUUGACGGGCCGGUUGAUGCGGUGUGGAUCGAGAACAUGAACACGGUGCUGGAUGACAACAAGAAGCUGUGUCUGAUGAGCGGGGAGAUCAUCCAGAUGUCACCGCAAAUGAAUCUGAUUUUCGAACCCAUGGAUCUGGAAGUUGCUUCUCCUGCCACCGUUUCCCGGUGUGGCAUGAUUUACAUGGAACCCCACAUGCUGGGUUGGAGGCCACUGAUGGUGUCUUGGAUCAACACUUUGCCACAAACAGUCAGCGUCAUUCAGAGGGAGUUCAUAGAAGGCUUGUUUGACAGAAUGGUCCCUGUUUCUGUUGAAUUCAUUAGAAGGCAUACGAAGGAGCUCUCUCCUACCUCAGACACCAACCUGGUCCGCUCCUUAAUGAACCUCAUAGACUGCUUCAUGGACGACUUUGCUGAUGAAACCAAACAAAAAGAAAGAAACGAUAGGGAGACGUUCUCCCUGCUUGAGGGCAUUUUUCUGUUCUCAUUGAUCUGGUCUGUCGGCGCUUCUUGUACAGAUGACGACCGUUUGAAAUUCAGUAAGAUUCUCCGAGAGCUAAUGGAAGGUCCCAUUUCAGACCUAACGCGGAAUAAGUUCAAAUUACAGAGUGGUACUGAACAGACAUCCUCAAAGACAUUAACAGUGCCGUUUCCUGAGAAGGGGACAAUUUAUGACUAUCAGUUUGUCCCAGAGGGCUUGGGAAGAUGGGAUCAGUGGAUAAAGAAAUUAGGAGACGCUCCCCCGAUUCCCAAGGACGUCCAGUUUAAUGAGAUCAUUGUGCCAACGCUAGACACGAUCCGCUACUCCGCACUAAUGAGCCUGCUGACCACUCAUCAGAAGCCGUCGAUAUUCGUCGGCCCAACGGGAACGGGCAAGAGUGUUUAUAUCAUUAAUUUCCUUCUGAAUCAACUCAAUAAGGACAUCUACAAACCCCUGAUAGUUAACUUCUCGGCGCAGACGACAGCGGCUCAGACGCAGAACAUCAUCAUGUCGAAGCUGGACAAGAGGCGGAAAGGGGUUUUCGGCCCUCCUUUAGGCAAGAGGAUGGUUGUCUUUGUAGACGAUGUCAAUAUGCCUGCACGGGAGGUGUACGGGGCUCAGCCCCCCAUCGAGUUACUCAGACAGUGGCUGGAUCACUGGAAUUGGUACGACCUCAAGGAUUGCUCAGUGAUUAAGCUCGUGGACAUCCAGAUCAUGUGCGCUAUGGGCCCUCCAGGCGGUGGCCGCAAUCCAAUAACCCCUCGCUACAUGAGACAUUUCAAUAUCGUCACCAUCAAUGAGUUUAGCGACAAGUCCAUGUUCACCAUCUUCUCCAGAAUCCUGACCUGGCACCUAAGGACCUGUUAUAAGUUUCCGGAUGAUUUUCUGGACCUGACCACACAAAUCGUGAACGGUACAAUGGCCCUGUACAAGGACGCCAUGAAGAAUCUCUUGCCUACCCCGGCUAAGUCUCACUACCUGUUCAAUCUUCGCGAUUUCUCCCGCGUCAUUCAAGGUGUUUGUCUGUCGAGACCAGAAACAGCCGAGAACAAAGAGGCCAUUAAACGCCUGUGGGUCCACGAGGUUCUCAGAGUGUAUUAUGAUCGCCUUCUGGAUAACGCUGACAGAAGCUGGCUUAUUAACUACAUACAAGAAGUUCUGAAAAACUACAUGCAGGAAGAUUUUCAUGAACUCUUUAGCAGCUUGGAUUUCGAUUAUGAUGGCAUUGUGGAAGAAGAUGACUUAAGAAGUUUAAUGUUUUGUGAUUUUCACGACCCGAAGAGGGAGGAUACCUGCUACAGGGAAAUCGCAGACGUGGACUUACUUCGGAUGAUCGUAGAAAGCCACCUCGAAGAAUACAACAACAUGAGCAAAAAACCCAUGAACCUGGUCUUGUUCCGGUUUGCCAUCGAGCACAUCAGUAGGAUCUCUCGGAUCUUGAAGCAGCCGAGGAGCCAUGCCCUCCUAGUGGGCGUUGGCGGGAGCGGAAGGCAGUCAGUGACCCGGCUGGCAGCCCACAUGGCCGACUUUUCAGUCUUCCAGGUGGAGAUCUCCAAGGGCUAUGGGACCAACGAGUGGCGCGAAGAUCUAAAAGUGAUCUUACGGAAGUGCGCGGAAGGCGACAUGCAGGGCGUCUUCCUGUUCACGGACACGCAGAUUAAAAGGGAGUCAUUCCUGGAAGACAUCAACAACCUGCUAAAUGCCGGGGAGGUCCCAAACCUCUUUGCUCUGGACGAGAAGCAAGAGAUCUGCGAAAAGAUGCGCCAGCUGGAUCGCCAGCGGGAUAAAACCAAGCAGACGGAUGGGAGCCCCAUCGCACUUUUCAACAUGUUCAUAGACCGCUGCCGCAACCAGCUGCACGUGGUCCUGGCCAUGAGCCCCAUCGGAGAUGCCUUCCGGAUCCGUCUUAGGAAGUUCCCCGCCCUGGUUAACUGUUGUACCAUCGACUGGUUCCAGUCCUGGCCAGAAGACGCAUUGGAAGCAGUGGCGUCACGGUUCCUGGAAGAAAUCGAGAUGUCGGAGGAGAUCCGAGAGGGUUGUAUCGAGAUGUGCAAGAGCUUCCAUACGUCCACCAUCGACCUAUCCACGUCGUUCCAUAAUGAGCUGCAGAGAUACAACUACGUGACUCCCACCUCCUAUCUGGAACUCAUCUCCACCUUCAAACUCUUGCUAGAAAAGAAAAGAAAUGAGGUGAUGAAAAUGAAGAAGCGAUACGAAGUGGGCUUGGAUAAGCUGGACUCGGCCGCCUCGCAGGUGGCCACCAUGCAGUACGAGCUGGAGGCUCUGCACCCUCAGCUGAAGGUGGCCAGCCGAGAGGUGGACGACAUGAUGCUCAUCAUCGAGAGGGAGUCCAUGGAGGUCGCUAAGACCGAGAAGAUCGUGAAAGCCGACGAAAUAGUCGCCAACGACCAAGCCAUGGCCGCCAAAGCCAUCAAGGACGAGUGUGAUGCCGACCUGGCCGGGGCCCUGCCCAUCCUGGAGUCGGCGCUGGCCGCCCUCGACACCCUGACCGCGCAGGAUAUCACCGUGGUGAAGUCCAUGAAGAGCCCCCCUGCAGGCGUCAAGCUUGUCAUGGAGGCGAUCUGCAUAUUGAAGGGCAUCAAAGCCGAUAAAAUCCCGGACCCAACAGGUUCGGGGAAGAAAAUUGAGGAUUUCUGGGGCCCCGCUAAGAGACUUCUGGGUGACAUAAGGUUCCUGCAGUCGCUUCAUGAAUACGACAAGGACAAUAUCCCUCCGGCGUAUAUGAAUAUCAUAAGGAAAAGUUACAUUCCCAACCCAGACUUUGUUCCAGAGAAGAUUCGGAACGCUUCAACAGCUGCUGAGGGUCUGUGCAAAUGGGUCAUAGCGAUGGAUUCCUACGACAAAGUGGCAAAAAUUGUAGCUCCCAAAAAGAUAAAACUGGCUGCGGCUGAAGGGGAGCUGAAAAUCGCUAUGGACGGUCUCAGGAAGAAGCAGGCCGCCCUGCACGAGGUCCAGGACAAGCUGGCCAAGCUUCAGGACACGCUUGAGCUGAACAAGCAGAAGAAAGCUGACCUGGAAAACCAGGUCGAUCUGUGCAGCAAAAAGCUGGAACGAGCCGAGCAGCUGAUUGGAGGCCUGGGAGGCGAGAAAACUCGCUGGAGCAACUCCGCCCUGGAGCUCGGGCAGCUGUACAUCAACCUGACAGGGGACAUCCUCAUCUCCUCGGGGGUUGUCGCCUACCUGGGGGCCUUUACGUCCAACUACAGACAGAACCAAACCAAGGAGUGGUCAGAAUCGUGCAAAGGAAGAGACAUCCCCUGCUCAGAUGACUAUUCUCUUAUGGGUACUCUGGGAGAAGCUGUGACAAUUCGAGCUUGGAAUAUUGCUGGAUUGCCCUCUGACUCGUUUUCCAUCGAUAAUGGGAUCAUUAUAAUGAAUGCGAGAAGGUGGCCUCUGAUGAUAGACCCUCAAGGCCAGGCCAAUAAGUGGAUCAAGAACAUGGAGAAAAGCAACAGCCUUCAGCUAAUUAAGCUCAACGACCCCGACUAUGUCAGGACCCUGGAGAACUGCAUCCAGUUCGGCACGCCCGUGUUGCUAGAAAAUGUGGGCGAAGAACUGGACCCGAUUCUGGAGCCGCUUCUGCUGAAGCAGACCUUCAAGCAGGGCGGGAGCACGUGCAUCCGGCUUGGCGACGCCACGAUCGAGUACGCUCCCGACUUCCGCUUCUACAUCACCACCAAGCUGAGAAACCCGCAUUACCUCCCUGAGACGUCGGUGAAGGUCACAUUGUUGAACUUCAUGAUAACUACAGAGGGAAUGCAGGAUCAGCUUUUGGGAAUCGUGGUGGCCCGGGAAAGGCCAGACCUGGAAGAAGAAAAGCAAGCCUUGAUCCUGCAGGGAGCUGAGAACAAAAGGCAGCUAAAGGAAAUCGAAGACAAGAUUUUAGAAGUCCUUUCAUCGUCAGAAGGCAAUAUCCUCGAAGAUGAGACGGCGAUUAAGAUAUUGUCUUCCUCCAAGGCCUUGGCUAAUGAGAUUUCCCAAAAGCAGGAAGUGGCCGAGGAGACGGAGAGGAAGAUCGACGACACGCGCAUGGGCUACCGCCCCAUCGCCGUCCACUCCUCCAUCCUCUUCUUCUCCAUCGCCGACUUGGCCAACAUCGAGCCCAUGUACCAGUACUCGCUGACCUGGUUCAUUAACCUUUUCAUCCUGUCCAUCGAGAACUCGGAGAAAUCCGAAAUCCUACCGAAAAGGCUUCAGAUCCUGAAGGAUCACUUCACGUACUCGCUCUACGUCAACAUCUGCCGCUCGCUCUUUGAGAAGGACAAGAUGCUGUUCUCCUUCUGCCUCACCGUGAACCUGCUGAUACACGACAAUGCGGAGCCGCACCAUGAGGUGUUCCCGGAAGAAUGGGAGAAUAAAGCAAGUGACUUCCAACGGAUGCUCAUCAUUCGCUGUUUGAGGCCAGACAAGGUGAUCCCCAUGUUGCAGGAGUUCAUAAUAAAGAAGCUGGGGCGCCCUUUCAUUGAGCCGCCCCCCUUCGACUUGUCCAAGGCGUUCGGGGACAGUAACUGCUGUGCCCCGCUGAUCUUUGUCCUCUCUCCUGGAGCGGAUCCCAUGGCGGCUCUUCUGAAAUUCGCGGACGACCAGGGCUAUGGGGGCUCAAAACUGAGCUCUCUCUCCCUUGGCCAAGGCCAAGGGCCCAUUGCUAUGAAGAUGCUAGAAAAAGCCGUCAAGGAUGGAACAUGGGUGGUUCUCCAAAACUGUCAUCUUGCCACGUCCUGGAUGCCAACGCUCGAGAAAGUGUGUGAGGAGUUAAGCCCAGAGACCACACACCCGGAUUUCCGAAUCUGGCUGACGAGUUACCCAUCUCCGAAUUUCCCCGUGUCGGUCCUGCAGAACGGAGUGAAAAUGACCAACGAAGCCCCGAAAGGAUUACGGGCUAAUAUCAUCCGAUCAUACCUCAUGGACCCGAUCUCUGACCCUGAAUUCUUUGGCAGCUGCAAAAAGCCCAAUGAAUUCAAGAAACUGCUUUAUGGCCUCUGUUUCUUUCACGCUUUGGUACAAGAGAGACGAAAGUUCGGACCCCUGGGGUGGAAUAUUCCUUACGAAUUCAAUGAGACCGAUCUAAGGAUCAGUGUGCAGCAACUCCACAUGUUCCUGAACCAGUAUGAGGAGCUGCCCUACGACGCUCUGCGGUACAUGACGGGGGAAUGCAACUACGGAGGCCGAGUGACUGAUGACUGGGACCGGCGCACGCUGCGCAGCAUCCUGAACAAAUUCUUCUGCACGGAGUUGGUUGAAAAUGCAGACUACAAAUUUGACUCCAGUGGCAUCUAUUUUGUCCCUCCUCCUGGUGACCACAAAAGCUACAUCGAGUACACGAAGACCCUGCCGCUGACCCCGUCGCCAGAAAUCUUUGGAAUGAAUGCCAACGCCGACAUCACGAAAGACCAGUCGGAGACACAGCUGCUGUUUGAUAAUAUACUCCUUACCCAGUCUCGUUCUUCAGGUUCUGGAGCAAAGUCAUCAGAUGAAGUGGUCGACGAGGUUGCUGGGGACAUCCUGGGCAAACUUCCCAACAACUUUGACAUUGAGUCCGCCAUGAGGAGAUACCCCACCACCUACACCCAGAGCAUGAACACUGUCCUGGUCCAAGAGAUGGGCCGGUUCAAUAAGUUGCUGAUGACCAUACGAGAAUCCUGCAUUAAUAUCCAAAAGGCAAUCAAGGGGCUCGUCGUGAUGUCCACGGAGCUGGAAGAGGUGGUCAGUAGCAUUCUGAACGUCAAAAUUCCAGGAAUGUGGAUGGGCAAAUCCUACCCCAGCCUCAAGCCGCUCGGCAGCUAUGUGAACGACUUCCUCGCAAGACUAAAGUUCUUACAGCAAUGGUACGAAGUCGGCCCUCCGCCCGUCUUCUGGCUUUCUGGCUUCUUCUUCACGCAAGCCUUCCUGACGGGUGCACAACAGAACUACGCCAGAAAAUUCACCAUCCCAAUCGAUCUUCUGGGGUUCGACUACGAAGUGAUGGACGACAAAGAAUAUAAAAAUCCUCCCGAGGACGGUGUCUACAUCCACGGAUUGUUCCUAGAUGGCGCUUCCUGGAACAGGAAGAUCAAGAAACUUGCAGAAUCGCAUCCUAAAGUUCUCUAUGACCCAGUUCCUGUGAUGUGGCUAAAACCCUGUAAGAGGUCGGACAUACCCAAAAGGCCGAGCUACGUGGCUCCCCUGUACAAAACAAGUGAGAGGAGAGGCACGCUGUCCACCACGGGCCACUCCACCAAUUUCGUGAUCGCCAUGAUUCUCCCCUCCGACCAGCCCAAGGAGCACUGGAUCGGACGGGGUGUGGCCCUGCUGUGCCAGCUCAACGCCUAGCUGGAAGGCGUCGCCUCCCUCUUCAGACUGAGUAGAUCACGUGGUACUGUUUAGACUUUGUUUGGACUUCAAUAAACCGAACUAGCGUAGCA